AUGACAGCCAAGCACGUUGAGAUUGAUAGGCACUUCAUCAAGGAAAAACUCACUAGUGGCAUCAUAUGCACUCCAUUUGUGAAGAUUGGUGAUCAACUGGCGGAUGUUCUUACCAAAGGAAUAGGGAAUAAACCAUUUCAUGACAUUCUCACCAAGCUGGAGACCGCUGGACCAGAGAUCUGGAAAGGCUCAGGUGGGAAAGUUGAUGCCUUUGUUUCUGGGAUAGGCACAGGUGGUACAAUUACAGGUGUUGGGAGGUACCUUAAAGAGCACAACCCUGAGAUUAAGCUAUAUGGUGUAGAACCAGUUGAAAGUGCAGUUUUAAAUAGAGGAAAACCUGGCCCUCAUAAAAUUCAAGGAAUUGGUGCUGGUUUCAUCCCUGGCAUAAUGGAUGUCGCUUUAGUUGAUGAAGUUGUUCAAAUAUCAAGUGAGGAAGCUAUUGAAACUGCCAAACUUCUUGCAUUGAAAGAAGGUUUGCUGGUAGGAAUAUCAUCUGAUGUUGCUGCGGCUGCCGCAAUUAAGAUAGCUAAGAGGCCAGAAAAUGUUGGAAAACUCAUUGUUGUGGUGUUCCCCAGCUUUGGAGAGCGUUAUUUGUCAUCUGUGCUGUUUGACUCCUUGAAGCGUGAGGCAGAGAAUAUGACUUUUGAACCCUGA